AGAGGUGACAAUUUCUUCUGUGUGAGCUUGUCUGCUCCUCCUGUUCUGGUCUCUCCUCUCCUCCAGCAUGGUGUGUCUGUGGCUCCCCAGAGGCCCCUGGGUGGCAGCUGUGGUCCUGACACUGAUGGUGCUGAGCCCUCCCGUGGCUUUGGUCAGGGACCCCCGACCACAUUUCCUGCUGCAGCUGAAGGGUGAGUGUCAUUACCUCAACGGGACGGAGCGCAUGAGGACUGUGACCAGAUUCAUCUAUAACCAGGAAGAGUUUGCACGCUUUGACAGUGACUUUGGGAAGUUCCUGGCAGUGACGGAGCUGGGGAAGCCCAUAGCUGAGGACUUGAAUAGCCAGAAGGAUGUCCUGGACAAUUAUCGGGCCUUAGUGGACAAGUGCAGAAAUAACUACCAACUUGUUGAUUGGUUCCUGUUGAACUUAAAAGCUGAGCCCCAGGUGACUGUGUAUUCGGCAAAGAUGCAGCCCCUGGAGCACCACAACCUCCUGGUCUGCUCUGUAAGCAGCUUCUAUCCCGGCCAGAUUGAAAUCAGAUGGUUCCGGAAUGGCCAGGAAGAGAAGGCUGGGGUCGUGACCACGGGCCUGAUCCAGAAUGGGGACUGGACCUUCCAGACCCUGGUGAUGCUGGAGACGGUUCCUCAGAGUGGAGAGGUUUACACCUGCCAGGUGGAGCAUCCCAGCCUGACCAGCCCUGCCAGAGUGGUGUGGAGGGCUCAGUCCGCGUCGGCACGGAAGAAGAUGCUGAGUGGAGUUGUGGUCUUGGUGCUGGGUCUGCUGUCCCUCCCAGGGGGGCUGUUCGUCUACUCAAGGAACCUGAGAGGACUCCGGAGCUGAGCUGAGGUGAUAAGGCUGAAGGAAGGAGCUCUCCUGUCUCCAUGUCUGAAAUCAUGUCCUGCCUGCUCGAGUUCCUCCAUUGACAGUGCUCCACCAGGACCUGCCUCCUCCUGGCUCUGGACCCUGCAGAUUGUUCUCCCUGAUGGCCUGCCCAUCCCGUGUGUGGGCCUGCAGUCCCUGGAGAGACGUCCCCUCCUCUCCCCUGUUCUGCCACCUUAUAUUCCCCUGCCCUUUGUCUGGUGCUGUAACACGAAAUCUAAUUGUUCUUAAUAAUAAUAAUAAAAAAAAAACCUAGAGUCGGAUAUAAGGGUUAAUGCUGGAAGAUCAGAGAAGCAGACCAGCCAGUCACUAGAGAGUUCUUACCUCUACCAAUGUUCAGACCAAAGGGCGAUCCUGUCUCUACGAAACCUCAGACUGAAUCCUCAGACUGAACCCUCAGCCUGCACUGAGCUCCUGUCUCCUCCUGCCUUAUAUUCCUCUCUCUGCCCAGCCAUAUCCCUCCUGUCUCCACCUCCCUAGUGCUGGGAUUUAAGACAUGGAAUCCCAAAUGCUGGGAUCACCUUUGUGUGAGCUCUGUUUCUCUUUUAGACAGAUUCAAUCUCAAGUAGCCCAGGAUGGCCUUAAACUCACAGAGAUCCAUCUGUCCCCUGAGUCCUGGGAUUAAAGGUGUGCACCACCACUGCCUGGCCUGCAUGGCUGACUAGUGUGGCUAGCUCUGCAUUCAGGUGCUAGUCAGGCAAACUUUGUUACAACACAAACGAAAUAUCACCAUACUUUUGUCUGUUAUUUCUUU